UUUCCCUAUCGCAAACGGCGAUUGGUAUUGCUGCACAUCCCAUCUUUUGGCCCUCUUUCUUUUCUUUCUCUGCUGCUUCGUCGAGGAAGAAAGAUUUCGAUCCAGUCACGGAUAUACUACGCACACAUACACACAUAUACGCAUUCGCAUACGCAGUUCCGUCGAGAGUGAUCAACCAAACACUUGUUUCCAUCCAGCACAUAACCAACCCAAGCCUGAACGACCAAUAACUCCAAUGCUCCUCCCAUAAACCUCUCCCCACUCCCGUUCCCCCUCACAAACGGAAUCCAAAACCCCAGAAGAACAAACAACUUCCAAAGGGAAAAAAACAUGGCCAUCCUCCCCUCCCACCCCUCCCCAACCCCCUCAUCCUCCUCACGACCACACCACCACCGCACCAAUAUCCUCGCCCGCCAAAACCCCUCCCUUUCCUCCUCUGCGUCCCCACCAGAUACCACCCCAACCCCGACAAUAUGCGGCUACGGCUCCGGAGGCAAAGGCUGGAAAGCCCCCUCGGGAUCAAAAUGCAUGGUCGACACGUCAGCGGGGUACUUCGGAUUCUGCCCAGAGAGCAAGAGCAACGCAAAGGACUGCGGGUUUGCGCGAGCAUGUGUGGAUCUGCACGCGUGCACGAGCGGGUGCGGCAGGAUGGGGGAACAGCCGUACGGGACUGCUAGUUGCACCGCAACUGACGAGCCUUACUGCUAUACGCAGCACCUCCUCGCAACCGCUCCUUCGUCUCCCAACCAAUCCUCCCCACUCGUCACAGCUACAUACACCUACCUCGGCUGCGGCAAAAAAUACCGCUCCCCGCCCCCGGAAUUCACAAUCGCCCCGGAUAUCCUGCCACAAGCUGCUCUAGCGCUCUCAGCAUCUACAUCGGAGUCUGCGACGCCCGAAGGCAGCAUACUAUCCGAAGAAGGCAGAAAAGAGGGAAGUGAUAGCACAGGCGCGAUUAUAGGAGGUGUACUCGGUGGGAUCGGUGUGCUGUGUUUAAUCGUAUUCGUCGUUUUUUACAUCCUGCGACAACGUCGUCGUCGAUCUUAUUCUUCUACAUACCCUUCUCCUCCUCCUACACGUUCUCUCCUUAGCAUAUUCUCCUCCACACGCAGAACCAACAACACCGAAACACCAACACCCAAGAACAAAAGAUUCUCACAAACUUCUUCAUCUUCAUCGAGAUCAGGCACUCCUCCAACGACAGCGCCGAUCCACGCCCACACAUCAAAAACCGCGAAGAAAAAGGCGAAGAAAAGAGGAGAGGGGAUCAUCUACCAUGAAGCCGAUGAAAAAUCCACAGCCGUGUACGAAGCUGAUACUUCGGGGGGUGUGUACGAGAUGGGUGUUCCGGCUGUGGAAUUAGAUGGAGAGGGGACGGAGCGGCGGAGGGAUCGUUUUGUAUAAAUAAUGGAACUGAGAAAGGUGGGAAAAGGUAACAUGUAGUAUAAACCAUAGUUGAAGAAAAAAAAACGGUAUAAAUAUAUACAUACGUGUAGACAUGUGCGUAGGCGUGGGCGUGGAUAACCUCUUACUUGUUUCCCUCCUACCUGUAUUUUUCCGUGAAGAGCGUAGAAAUAAUAAGAGAUACAAGACUUGUCGUUCUUUUCUUUCUCUUUUUUCCUACUUGUUUUAAGUAGAUUAAAAAAUUCCAUG